AUGGAGCUAAGGAUGUGUACAGGCGAAGGGCAUGGCAUCAUCGUGUUCAAGCUCAUGCCUGGGGUUCGAGUUCCUGACGAAGAAGCCCUACAAUCCCCCAUCCUGGGCGUCCCAUCUCCACCCUUUACCUUCCCACGUCUUCUCUCUUGCCCAUCUUCCCACUCCAAUUCACCGAUGGAACCUUCCCAAUCUGCCCACCAAUACGGAGCUCUGGAUCAAAAUGACCUUUCCGGAAUGCAGCUGAGUGGAAACAAAGUGAGGAAAUUGGAGUUCCUUAUGGCCGAUGCCGUUGCGCAAGGUGCCGACUCUGUCAUCACAAUCGGAGGCAUCCAGAGCAACCAUUGUCGCGCCACUGCCGUCGCCGCUAAGUAUUUAAACCUUGAUUGUUUUCUCAUCCUUCGCACCUCUAACCUCCUCGUUGACAAAGAUCCGGGACUCACAGGCAAUCUUCUCGUUGAGCGUCUCGCUGGAGCUCACGUUCACCUUAUAUCCAAAGAAGAGUAUUCAAAAAUUGGAAGCGUGACACUCACCAAUGUCCUAAAAGAAAAGUUGAUAAAGGAAGGGAAGAGGCCAUAUGUUAUACCUGUUGGGGGAUCAAACUCUUUGGGAACAUGGGGUUAUGUAGAGGCGGUACGGGAAAUUGAGCAACAAAUUCAGAAGGGGACCGAGAAUAUCAAGUUUGAUGAUAUUGUUGUCGCUUGUGGCAGUGGUGGCACAAUUGCUGGUCUGUCACUAGGAUCAUCAUUGAGUACAUUGAAGGCAAAGGUACAUGCAUUCUCUGUUUGUGAUGACCCAGAUUACUUUCACAACUUUGCUCAAGGUUUGCUUGAUGGACUCAAAGCUGGUGUUAGCUCGAGAGAUAUUGUCCACAUUCAAAACGCCAAGGGUCUUGGCUAUGCAAUGAAUACAUCUGAAGAGCUUAAUUUUGUAAAAGAUGUUGCUGCGGCAACUGGUGUUAUUCUUGACCCAGUAUACAGCGGUAAGGCUGCUUAUGGAAUGCUGAAAGAUAUGUUGGAAAAUCCAAAGAAGUGGGAAGGGAGAAAGAUCCUCUUCAUACAUACUGGUGGCCUUCUAGGAUUGUAUGACAAGGUUGAUCAGUUGGCUUCUUUUAUUGGGAAUUGGGAGCGAAUGGAUGUUAAUGAAUCUGUUCCUAGGCAGGAUGGUAUUGGAAAGAUGUUCUAG